CCCACCCGCGUCUCUCCGUGAAGGUUGAAAGCUUCUCAGCCGCCGCCAUUUCAGUCUCCGACCGACGGCGCGAACAGCAGCAGCAGCAGCAAGCGGGCGCCAUGACGGAGUACAAGCUGGCGGUGGUGGGCGCUGAAGGCGUUGGCAAGAGCGCCCUCACCAUCCGGCUCGCCCACAACCACUUUGUGGACGACUACGACCCCACCAUCGGGGACUCGUACCCGAAGCAGCGGGUGGUGGUCGAUGGCGAGACCUGUCUGCUGGACAUCCUGGACACGGCCGGGAAGCAAGAGUACAGCGACAUGCUGGAGCAGUUCAUGCACGAGGGCGAGGGCUUCCUGUGCGUCUUCGCCGUCAACAACUCCAAGUCCUUCGAGGACAUCCCCCGGUACAGGGAACAGAUCCAGCGCGUCAAGGGCUCGGAGGACGUGCCGAUGGUGCUGGUGGGGAACAAGUGCGGCGUGCCCACGCGGACCGUGGACACGAAGCAGGCGCAGGAGCUGGCGCAAGGCUACGGCAUCCCCUUCGUGGAGACCUCCGCCAAGACCCGGCAGGGCGUGGAAGAUGCCUUCUGCACCCUGGUGCGCGAGAUCCGCAAGUACAAGGAGCGCCGCGUGAGCAAAGACGUGUGCAAGAAAAGAAAGAAAUCGAAGAGGAGGAAGUGCCGCCUCAUGUGAAUUUCAUUUCCCC